CGCGGGUAUCACGCCUAGUAUAGUACGCAGUACAGUGCGGCUAGGCAUGGACGCACUGUACGCACACAACAGAAAGUAUGUACGACGUCGUCCGUGUCGGUAUUCCCGACUAUACCAGGAUGGAGAAACGGAAUUCCUAUACACGACGCAAGCUUUUCCGUGACCGAUGUCAUUAUUUGUCACAUUUUACGGAAGCGUAAAACGUUGAAAGCAAGUUCAUGGAGCGUGGAACGCCUCCAUUUUUUUCUUUUCUAGUUAAAGAAUAGAAAGGUAGAGUCCUAGAGGUACGUAAUGUAACCUAAUACGAAAACCCGGUGAUAAUCACGCGAUGAAUCUGGUGACUCGCUUUCUCCCACGCAGGGCAUUCCACAGACUUCGAUUCCUCGAUUUCCGGCCUAAUGUAAAUAAACAUUACGCAUGCGCGAGCCCUCGUGGUGCCACUAGGCGCGAGAAUAAUACUGAGAGCGCACGCAGCGAGUUCAUUAAUGAAACGAGCCCACCCAACCACUACAAACACACCGCGAGGAGUAUCGUAUCGAAUAGCGCACUGAUACAGAGAACCAACAGAGGGCAAGUUGAGACAAAGUUUUAUAUGAAACCGCUUUUAAAUGAACUUGGGUCAUAAGAAAAGAACAUUGGACUGGAGAAAGACGAAGAUCACGCCGGACUCCGACACAUAUAUGCACAACGCGGGAGAGACAGACUUCCAAAUACCACGACAAGCGAGAAUGGCGCGCGCUACAGUUAUAACAAAUCUUUCAUUGUGUGAAUUCUCUCAGGAGCCUAGACUUUCAGGAAUAGCCGAAGAAGAAACUGCAGACUCACAGACGCAGCGCAAGUCAGCGCCGAGUUCUCCUAGUAGUGACUGUCGAUGGGUCGAAUCGCCAGAGAGUGGCGAUGAUAGCGCGUCUACGCAUCAUGAUACGUAUCGGCGCCCCAGCAAAGCACUUCUGUACGUCGUCCUCAUUCUCUGUACCGUGUCGAUACUGGCGCUGGUCUUGACGAUAUUGAUGCUUUUUGGCAUCGUUGGAGUUGUCCCUUGUAACUGCCACACUACUCAAGGCUCGAGAUCAUCGCAAGCUACAUACGGGGUAUCAGAACUACAAAGACGCGUCCAAGAAAUGGACAAGAACAUGACAGAGCUGACUGAUAGAAUAGCUUUCCAGCAUCCUGCUGUAGAGCAGCUUUGGGCUGCACUGAACGCAACUCGCACAGAGUUAAAGGAAUUAUUGCAAGUGACAAGGCCUACGCAGGCUACUCCUGAAUCAAGCACAAAGAGCACGACAAUUCGGCCAGAGGCCGAGAAUAACGUGACCACAACAAAGCCAGGAAUCCUGGAAAACACCACCUCGCCCACGAGGUACCUGGACGAACCGACUACACUGCCACAGGUGGAUUAUACAUCACAACAACUGCGCCUUUUAUGGUCAGCGGACAACAACACCAAGACGCAGCUUCUUGCUUUGGAGCAACAGGUACAGAGAUUAUCACAAGCAUCAGGUUCAACCGGCCCAAGAGGAUAUAACGGCUCACGAGGUCCACCGGGUCCUUCUGGUCCCCAGGGACAGCAAGGGCCUCCCGGGACUAAGGGACCCCAAGGAUUUAUGGGCCCGAGGGGACAUAACGGAACGGCGGGCCAACAGGGGCCUCAAGGGCCACCGGGUCCUAAAGGGGAUACGGGACCUGCCGGGCCAGGCGGGCCCCGGGGUAAUCAGGGACCCCCAGGGCCAUCCGGUACCGGGGACUUGACUCAGUGUGUGCAUAAGACUGUGGAUAGCACUGGAGUGAGGCCGGGAAACGGCGCGGAUAACAACGCAGCGCUACUAAUACCAACUGAUAAAGUAGUGAUUGGCGCUUCCUGCACGUCAAACUGCGCUGCCGAGACCAUAAUGCUGAGUGGCCUACACGCCCAGUCGGGGAAGAAUUACUUCAACUGCAAGUGUCGAGGGCAGGCAAGUCACUUCUUCUGCUCUGGUCUGAUGAAAUGCCAGCUUCACUACUGGGAAUGCCCCCGUCUUAUUAACAAGAACUAUACAGGUCAGGAUAACGCAAGAAAAAUGUCUUUAAAUUCACCGCGUGUUGGCCCAGUUCACGCUAGACAGCACAAACGAACGCAAAAAGAAAGUGAAAUCACUCUGGAACAGCUUAACGAUGAAGGCAGCCCAUUAGAGACUAAUGAUGGCAAAGCCACUCCGUCUGAAGUUCGCCUUUCCACUAGCCCCUCUAACGAGCUGCUUGUUCGUAAGGAGGCAUUUGCGGAGAUAAAGAGCGAGUCUCGGCCAUGUAACGUACAGGCCUUUUGCCUGGCUCUGGUUUGGCUGAUGGUAGUGGUGAGCCUGGCACUUAAUCUACUCAUGAUCUUCGGAGUUAUCGAGAGCCGCGCGUCCAGCUAUAAAGAUCAAGCAGACCUCUCCUCUGAUGAGCAACUGAAUGUGAUCAACUUGCGGACUUCUUUGAACAAAACAAAUAAAGAGCUAAAGAGACUCAAGGAGGAACAGAAGAUAUACCAGAACCAAAUCUUGGAGAUCAAUCAAGUACUUAUCGGCCUAAACAACUCCAAAACCAUAGCAGGGCCGCGAGGGCCGCCGGGAUACAAUGGAACCCAAGGCCCAGUCGGCCCAUUGGGACCGCGGGGGAGUGGUAACAUGACUAUGUGCCAGUACAAGGUUGCCAAAGGACCGGGGACUAGACACACUGUCAGUGCUACUGAUUUUGUCAGCAUAGGAGAACCAGCGGGCAUGAGAAUAGUUGGCGCCACGUGCUCGACUGACGGGGCCGCCCAGUACGUCCUGACAAGCAUACAGCUCGGCAGGUUUCCACGUUCCUACAAGUGCGAGUGCAAGGGAAGCUCUUCCUUAUUCGUGCCUGCUGGGAAGAUGCAUUGUUACGUGCACUACUGGGUGUGUCCGCUGGUGUCGUGAAGGCUCACUACCAAGAGAGCUGUGACUCUCGACAAAGCGCAGAUGGGUAAAUCCGACAUGUCCGACACAUUGCAUCAGUGCAUCGCACCAAUUUGUAAAUCAUCACAAUGCCCUGCUUCAUCCCCACUGUUUUCCGGGGUAUAGUUUGACAAGAAACGAACGUAGCGCAAAUGAGGAUCCCCUCUAACCCCCCCCCCCCCCCCCCCUUUUCGGUAUGGUGCCCAAUUUCCUUCGAGAAAUCGUUGAUCUGCCCCUUCCUGCAUAGAAUCGAAUUGUGUUUUGUUUGAGACUCGCAAAGGCUUCGCUGCUUUUCGUUCUCAGUGAUUCGUUUAGUCGUAGCCUUUUACAUAGCCGAAGCAGGCCUCGAAUUAUUUGAGGGGGGGGGGGGGGGGAGGGGCACGCAUCAGUAGCAUUAAUAGAAGCAUUAACAAAACAUUGGGGGGGGGGGGGGAAUAGCCACGCCUCUACUGGUCAUUUCCUUAUAUUUUUUAAAAAAAUAUGGGGGGGGGGGUUCGUGCCCCCAGUGCCCCACCGCCUGCCCUGAGAUCGUUCGCUGGUAUCUUGAGUGUCUGAUAGAAUAGGUUAGUUGAGGCGAUUUUCUAUCGAUAUGACACCUUGAGUUGCAAAAUACAAAUCCUCAUUGCUUGAUUGUUUCGCUCAUUCAGGGUAUAACCUCUGUAGAUGACUAAGGGGGAAAUUUGAGUUCUUGAUUACUGGGAGAAACUUUAGUAUGAAAAGAGAUGCAUCUACGAUUAGCAAAGUCAUGUGGAAAAACACUCAAGGGAGACCACAGACGCAUAUUAGUCCUGUCCUGCUAAAAGUGUCCUUUAUGAUUUUUGUUAGCGAGUACAUACAUUUUGUGUAAAAAAAGUGUGGAUAAUGAUUAAACUGUGCUAAACGCGAAAAUGUACCCUACUGUUCACCAGUAAAUUUAACGAAAACUUGAAAAUAAAUUACUUGAUUUCAAAAUGGUAUAAAACGAUGAUUUUAAGAGAUAAAGGGAAGAAUUUAAAGAGAUGGAUGGGAAGAAUUUAAAGAGAUGGAUAGGAAGAAUUUAAA